CACAGAAACAAACAAACAAGCGGAGAGCGUGUAGAAAUAGGAGGAAAUCUAGAGCAAGAGGAAGAAAGAAACCAUGGGGAUGAUGGGGUCUCUCCUCCUCCUCGUCGUCCUCCUCCUCUGCAUCGCUUCCUCCGCGGUAAGCUCACCCCUGCCCAUCAUCUUCUCCGAUGAUACGAAGCCGAGCGCCUACGAGGUGCUCGAGUCGUAUAACUUUCCCAUCGGGCUGCUCCCCAAGGGCUGCCUGGGGUACGACCUCGACCCGGACACCGGCGAGUUCUCCGCCUACUUCAACGGCACCUGCAGCUUCUCCCUGGAGGGCUCCUACCAGCUGCGCUACCAGGCCACCGUCUCCGGCCGGAUCUCCGCCGGCCGCCUCUCCGACCUCCGCGGCGUCAGCGUCAAGGUCCUCCUGUUCUGGAUCAACAUCAUCGAGGUCACCCGCCACGGCGACCAGCUCGAGUUCUCCGUCGGCAUCGCCUCCGCCGACUUCUCCGUCGACAACUUCUACGAGAGCCCCCAGUGCGGCUGCGGCUUCGACUGCGACGGCGCUUCCUCUUCCGCUUUUGAUCGAUCAAAUCUUCUUUAAGGUGGGACUCAAAAAUAUAAAACUUAGACAAAAUGCUGUAUUUACUGCUUAUUCUAGCAACUCAUGGAAGGUAGACAGUUACGCAGUUACAUAAAGAACCAGAUAUGUAUAAACACUUGAUUAAGUACUUUUCCCAGGCUUGUCAUCUUCAAGGUUAUGUAGGUGGAAAUACAUUAUCAUCAAGGAAAAAAGAGUAAUGACAACACUCAAGAGUCAUA